AUGAGUGACAAGGAGGAGCAAGGAGAUCCAGCCAAUAUGACAGAAAGUGGAGAAUAUGAGGAUGAUUUUGAAAAGGACCUUGAAUGGCUCAUUAAUGAAGAAGAAAAGGAAAACCUUGGGCAAGGACAGAAUCCUGAAAAAAACAAAGAGGAUGUUGAAGGACAGAGUGUUAAAGUUGCAGAUGACUUGGAGGAAGACAAUGAGGACAUGGAAGAAAAUCCAGAUCAGCUUCCAGAGGCAGCUGUAGAUGAGAAAGUGAGACCCUCCAAGGAAGAAAAUUUGGAAUCCAGGUCUGAUCUUAAGCUGGGGGACCAUGUGUCUGAUACUGACAGUGAAAGCUCCAUCCAGGAAUCCAAGCUGGAAAACCAGCAGGAACUGGAUGAGGAAGAGGAUGAAGAAAUAAAACGUUACAUCUUGGAGAAGAUUGAAGAAGCCAACAAGCUGCUGGAGACUCAGGCUCCUGUGGACCAGAACAGAGAAAGGAAACUGAAAUUUAAGGAGAAGUUGGUGGAUCUUGAAGUUCCUCCUCUAGAAGAUGAUGAAGUUGGUAAACCUGAUCUUGCUAGAGGAGAUGAUGUUUCAAACAGGCUCUCUCAGCUGCAUAUUUCCAAUGAAAUGGGACAAGGGAGCACAUCACUGUCACCACGUGCUGGCAAGGAUGAGGAAAAGGAUGGUAAAAUCCUAGUGGAGAAAGAUGGGAAGUUUGAACUCUUAAGCCUACGUGAUAUUGAAAGCCAGGGCUUCUUGCCUCCAAUCAGUGUUUCUUUUACUGAUAUUGAAACUCAACAUCCAUCCCCAAAGUCUUCCCACUGUGGUCCUUUUGGGGCUGUCUCCAGAAUGAAGGAGGUCCCUCCAGUAGGGCCAGGAGCUCAUUCUUCUCCUGGUGAAGCCUCUGUGUACUUCCCUAAGCCUCCCUCGAACCCCAAGCGUCGGCCGAGCUCUGCUCUGGGUGCUGCCAGGGGGCUGGGCAAAAGGAAGGCCCCACAGAGGGUGCAGUCUGCAAAUGUGCCCGUGAGGAGCUCCACCUACUGCCUCUCUCCCAGGCAGAAGGAACUGAGGAAGCAGUUGGAGCAGAGGAAGGAAAAACUGAGGAAAGAGGAAGAAGAAAGGAAAAGGGAACAAGAAGAACAGAAGAGAAGAGAAAAUGAGAUGGUUUUUAAAGCCUGGUUGCAGAAGAAGAAAGAACAAGUGCAAGAAGAAAAACGAAUUCGUCGUGCCAAGGAGCUGGAAGAUUUGAGCAGCAAAGACAGGAGCAGGAAUCCAGAAGAAGCCUUCAAGUUAUGGCUUAAAAAGAAGCACCAAGAACACAUGAAGGAGAAACAGCUAGAAAUGCUGAGACGCCAAGCUGAGGGAAUUGCCUUUUUCCCCAGGACAGAGGAGUGCAACAGAGCCUUUAAAGAAUGGCUAAAAAGAAAGAGAGAAGAGAAACGAGCAGAAGAACUAGCUGCUAAAGAGAGGGUAAGGCAGCUUAGAUUAGAAGCCAGAAGAGCCAAACAGAUGCAGAACAUCCACUGUAUUAAUGCAGAGCCCAAAUCCUUUCGUUUCACAGACCAUUACACUUGA